AUGAGGAGUACAACUAGCUAUAAAGCAAAGGCGGCAGCAAGGCAAGCAGCGUUGGAAGCAAGAGCAAUCUCGCUACAGAAAUUGCACGAGCUGGAACUCGAAGAGUUAAAAAUUAAACAAAAAAGAAGUCAAGUGGAACUUCAAGGAGAAAUAUCUGCAGCCGCGGCGGAAAAAACAACUUUCGAACGAUUCGAAGUAGAAGAGACCCUUUCGAGCAAAGAAGGGAUCAUAACUGAUUCUGCCCUUCCCAAAACAAGAAAUUCGACUAACGGUAGCCAACAUGCAAAUCCAGUUCUGCAGCAGCGGCCCAAGGUGCGGCCAACACAGCCAACGGAGGUUACGCGAGAAAGUCAUCCACUGAAUCCAACUUCACCUGCUUGGUUUCCAGACCACGCACCUGAGGCUUCUCAACCUGGCAACUACCCUCUCGCCAACCCACUACAACACCUGAUGGAAACCCAGGAUUGUCAAAACGUCGCCCUUCAGCAGAUAGUACAACAGCAACAACAAAGCGUCAUGGCACUCACGUUACCUCAGCCCACGAUAAAGCCGUUCAAAGGAGAUCACAUUGAAUAUUGCGAUUUUGUUCGAAGCUUCGAGCAUCUAGUUGAGGAGAAAACACCAAGUUCCAGCGCCCGUUUGUACUAUCUUAUCCAGUAUACAUCAGGACCUGUGCAAGACCUCAUGAGAAGUUGCCUGUCGUUGAAUCCUGAGCGAGGUUACGUUGAAGCAAGAAGGUUACUAAAGGAAAGAUACGGACAGAAGUAUAGAGUUGCCGCAGCGCACAUCGAAACCCUAACAGAGGGACCUGCAAUCAAGUCCGAAGACGGUAACGCACUAAUGCAAUUUUCUAUUCAACUUACCAGCUGCACGAAUACACUAAAAGAAAUCGGUUCGCUUGAAAAGUUGAAUCAUCCCGAGAAUCUGAAAAGAAUCAUCAAUCGGCUUCCGUUUGGCAUAAGAUUAAAAUGGCGUGAUACGGUUGAUCGAAUUGUAGAGAAGGAUGGAAGAGACGUGACGAUUGAAGAUGUGACGGAAUUCGUGACCGCCAAGGCUAGAGCGGCUACCCACCCGAUAUUUGGAAAAAUUACGAGCGACCCUAAAGGAAAACUAGAAGAACACAAAGGGAAGCGACAAUACGGAGCCAGAGCGAGUGGAUUUGGGACACAAGGAAAGGAACAAAACAUGAGCAAGAAUGUGUGUCCGUGUAACGCAAACCAUUGGUUGUCGCGUUGCGAUAAAUUCCGGAAACUGUCGCUAGAAGAAAGGAAGAAGUACGUGAAAGACAAGGGACUUUGCUUGAAUUGUCUAACCAGUGGUCACUUCGUUCGUUCAUGUGCUAAGCAAAGUUUCUGCAAGGUCGAUGGCUGUACAGGGAAACACUCUACCUUUCUACACCCAAAGUCUGCCCAAACCGAUAAAGAGGACUAUAAGAGAACAAACCCUCAAGAUGAGCAAACGAAGGACGAAGAAUGUAAGGAUCCAUCAACUCAAGCAGGCAACGUCAACGGUUAUGUAAGGUGCCAACCCCCCUCUAACCAAUCAAAAGGUCCAUCGGUGACGGGACUCGCUAUCGUUCCGGUAAAGGUGAAGGCGAAGGAAGGAUCUGUGGAAGUCGAAACCUAUGCAUUCUUAGACUCUGGGUCGAAUACCUCGUUCUGCACAGAGAAUCUUUUAUGGCAACUAAGGCGCAAGGGGAAGAGAACCAAUCUCACAUUGACAACGAUGCUGGGAAAAGGCACUCCAAUCGCAUGUUCCAUGGUCGAGCUGGAAGUCUUCGACCUGAAAAAUCAACAUCAUGUCAGGUUGCCGAAGGUUUAUUCAACGCCGAGCCUACCUGUCCGCUCGGAAUGUAUCGGGAAACAAGAGGACGUAGAGCGCUGGUCACACCUACAGGGUAUCUCUUUACCGCAUAUUGAUGCUGAGAUUGGUCUUCUGAUUGGCAGUGACGUUCCAGAGAUACUGCAACCUCUCGAAGUACGAACAAGUGAGAACGGUGGACCCUUUGCCACAAGAACCUUGCUAGGUUGGGUUCUAAACGGACCGCUAGGGCGAGAAGGUAGCAGCCCCCCUAUGGUGAAUGGCAUCUAA